GCACCCCAGCAUCUGUCCCCAGCCCUCCCACCUGGCUCUUCACUAACCCUUCUGCCGCUCACCCCCACCCCAGGGCAAAGCUGGGCAGACACCCGAGUCAUCGGGGCCAAGGAAUGCCGCCCCCACUCGCAGCCCUGGCAGGCUGGGCUCUUCUUCCUCACCCGACCCUACUGCGGGGCGACCCUCAUCAGUGACCGUUGGCUGCUCACAGCUGCCCACUGCCGAAAGCCGUAUCUGUGGGUCCGACUCGGCGAACACCACCUCUGGAAAUGGGAGGGUCCAGAGCAGCUGUUCCGGGCCACAGACUUCUUCCCUCAUCCUGGGUUCAACCCGGACCUCAGUGCCCAAGACCACAAUGAUGACAUCAUGCUGAUUCGUCUGCCCAGGAAGGCAUUUCUGGGACCUGCCGUGCAGCCCCUCAAACUCAGCCGGACCUGCAUCCCCCCAGGCACCCAGUGCCUAAUCUCAGGCUGGGGGGCCGUAUCCAGUCCUAAGGGUACAGCCUUGUCCACACACACACCCUAUGUUUCAUGCCAGGGGUCUGAAUCCCCUCUCUUUUUCU